UGACAAAAUGUGGAAAAGCUCAAGGGGGCCGAAUACUUUUGCAAGCCACUGUAACAGAUGAGCAUGCAGUAGCUAUAAUUCCACAACUACUGAAACUGCUUUGCUCAAAAGAGAGACCGGACAUCUGUGCAGCAGUGCUACAAACACUGUAUGUGAUAACACAGAAAACAAAAGGCACAAAGGACUGGCACGUCGACUUUUUAGAGAACUUAUGCAGAACAGUUGCCCCUUUUGUAAAUGAGCAACACUCCACUAAGAUCAGGGUCUACACAUACGCUAUAUUUGGAAACCUGCUGUCAGUUGAACAGAGAGCUAACAUUUUUAAAUCAGUGGGCAUAACUUCAGUGCCCGAGGACAUACUGACAUCUGUAGAAAUGGAAAUGAAUGAAAAACUGAAAGAGGUGCUGAGAAGUCUAAACAAUUAUUUAAGGAUGCAAAACUGUGAGGGAAACACAGCCUCACCUUUAGUCAAGAAGAAGAAAAAGAAGAAGAAAAAUAUGGAAAAGAAAGAAAAGCAAGAAGACCCAAAUUGUGGAGUUUCCACUGCAGCAACUGAACUAACAUCAAAAGUUCCUGUUGUAGAAUUAACUUCAAAUCUAAAGCCUGUUGAAUACAGCACCAAUAAAAAUGCAGAAAAACAAAAAUGGCUUCAAAUCAGCAAGAGGUGGAAGGAGAAACUGGAGAAACUUGUUGGUACAGAUGACAGUAAAAUAUCCAGAAUCAGAAGCAUUAUUUAUGUGAAUGAUGCAGAAUUCAGAAUAGCGAAGGGAAGUGAUGGUACUGAAGUCUUCUUGGGGCUGAGAGAGGACGGCACAGAAGUUGCCAUUAAGAGAAUGUCUAAAAGCAACUAUGAUGAGCUGAAGAACGAAGAAGGAAUCCUACGACUUCCUGAACUCGAUCAUCAUUAUAUCGUACGAUAUGUUGAUGCUGCAGAGGACGAGAACUUUGGAUAUCUUUGUCUGCAACUUUGUGAAUACACCUUGGAAGAAUAUAUCAGGAACGAUGAUAAUGACCCACUGAUGUUAAAGAAACUUGUGAAACAAAUUCUUGAAAGUCUAAAGGUGCUUCACUGCGGAAAUCCUAAAAUUCUUCACCGAGAUCUCAAACCCCAGAACGUUUUGAUUGAUGUUACUGGGAGGGCAAGAUUAGCUGAUUUUGGCAUAAGCAGACGCUUACUCAAAGGCCAAACAACUUUACGUACACACAGUGCAGGAACCAGAUGCUGGAUGGCCCGAGAGACUUUAGCAGAAGAAGCAGAAGAAUCUGUGAUAUCAUACAAGUCAAGCACUGACAUUCAGGUGGCAGGGAUGCUGAUUUAUUAUAUCCUCUCUGGAGGCCACCAUCCAUUUGGUGGCAAAUCCUUUGAAUGUGAAUCCAACAUUCACAAAGGGAACUACAGUUUGGAUCACGUUCAAGAUGAGGCAGAGGAUCUCAUUGAGUGGAUGAUCAACAAAGAGCCAAAGGACAGACCCAAAGUAGAAGAAUGCUUAAAACAUCCCUUCUUCUGGAGUUCUGAAAAGCAGUUUGAAUAUUUGAGAGAGACCGGCAACAGGGAGGAGGUGGCAAACUGUCGAAAGGCUGAUGAAAAGCUGACUGCUUCACUAGAAGCAUGUGCUAAUGGAUCCUUCAAACUGUGGAAAAAUAAGUUUCCCCAAGAGCUGGUUCAGAAGAUGGAACGGGAAAAGAAGCCCUACCCUGAAAACACGCUGGGAUUACUGCGCUUUGUACGCAAUUUCCAUGAGCAUUAUCGCAAGGAAGCUCCUGAAACUGACGUAUUGCUGUUAUUUCCUGAUCUCUUUUGGUGUGUUUACAAGUUUACCAAGAUACACGGCUGGAAUUUAGAGACACCCUUGAAGGAAAUGCUUCAAAGAGAAGAAACAAAGGACAUUAAUACCACCUUUGCAAUGAUGUCUACAAGUACGGACGACCCUCUGAGUGUCCCAGUACAAGAGUCUCAAUAGUGACUUUAAACAAAGUUGAAUUCAAUCAGGACGAAGGAUGUCAUUAAGGACUGUAUAACAGCCACUCAAGAAAAUGGAUAUAAGCAAAUACUAUUAUUAGAAGUACAGAUGUUAAUGAAAGCUUUGAAGGAUGCUUUAUUUUGUUCAAGCGUGUAUAUAUAAGCACACCACAGAAACCUAACUAGCAAAAUCAAAAUGUGUUCUGCACAAUAACUAAAGAUUUAAACCUGUUGUUCAUUGUGACCACUUUCCAAAUCCUGAUAGAAGGAGAGAUGUUAUUUUAAAGGACUUCCUACUAUUAGACUUGAGUAAUAUUAUUUGUAUGGUUUUAUAUUUAGUAGUAAAUCUAAAAUGUGCUAUUAUGGUGGCUGCAUUUGCAAAUGUUAGUAAAAAAAAUUUGAACCUAAAACAAUGGGAACACUGGCAGUACUUAAGGAUAAAUUCUUCCACUUGAGUUUUUUUAAUUACAUACAGACAGAUUUUUUUCAGUGUUAUUCCGGAUGUUAAAAUGAUUAACCUACUUUUUCUUUUUAAAUUUAUUUUAGUUUUGUUGUGUGAAUAAAAUAGCUUUUGUCUUUUGAAAAUUUAUACAUAACAUGCCAGCUGUAUACUACUAUUAUGUACUAUGCCAACUUUCCUAAACAUGUAUUUUGAAUUAAAGUGAAUGUCAUUUUAAAUUUACCAAAAAUAUUAGAAUUUGUAUGUUUUAUUAAAGAUUUUCGGUAAAUUUGAUGUUUAGUGGCUAAAAAAAAAUCUUUUUUUAAAAAAAAGU